ACAACUCAAUGCCUGCACAUUUGUUUUUAAGAAAAUCAAUGUUAUUGGCUAUUCAAAGUGCAUGUUCUUUCACUGAGAGUGAGUGGAUGCCAGCUUCCGUUCAGAUGCACGAAGAUUUAUUUUUCUCCUUGAGCUACAGUAAAACAACCCAGCGGGUUUAAGAUCAUAUCAAUGUUUCCCUGUCAGUACAUCCCACACUUUAAUUCGGCAUGGAAGCAUAACAUAAACGGCUUCGUUUUCUCCGUUUUUCAGGUGGUUAGCCUUCAAACUGUUAAAUGUAUUUCCGCCAUUAAUGUGGCUCAUUUGUGAGUAGGAGGGCCUAAAAUUGAUUUAUUCUUACAUAAUGUAGUAUGUCUUUGAUUUGUUUAUAUUACAAAUAAAUACAAAUAAAAUAAACAACACGCCAGGACCAGACCAGUGAAACUCCACCUUCUGUUAGUGCACAGAAGUUUAACUACACAUUUAAUCUUUGAGAAAAUAAACUUUGGACCUAUUGUUACAAGAAGGGAACAUUUUUGUUAUUGUUUUUCUGUUACUUAAUUAGUUUAAUAUACCGUAAAUGAUAGGAAACAGUCAAAAGUUAAAACACAGUUAAAGUCAUCCUCCACAGCUGCCCACUGGGCCGGAUUGGAGUCUGUCCUAGAUAUUUUCUCUCAUUUCAGACCAUUUUGAAUGCUGGAAAUUCAGAAAUCACUAGUUUCUGAAAUAUUCAGGCCAGUGUGUCUGCCACCAACAAUCACUGCCAUGUUCAGUGUCACUUAAAUUCUCUUUCUUCCUCACUCCAGUGGCUCAGUGUGAACGUCAGUGGGUCAUCUUGACCAUGUCUCUGCCCGAAUGGAUUGAGUUGCAGUUGAAAAGGGACGAGUGUAAGAGCCAAGUGGACAAAUUUCCUUCUGCCUCCUUUAAGAAGUUUGCCUCAGAGCGAGAUGCCUGGGCAUUCGUCAGAGGGAUCGAGCCUUCUGCAGUUCCAGACGUGAAGAAAGUAACUCAGAGCGUGGAGUCUGAUGUCACUCUGCUUCCUAAACGAGGCCCGGAGCCGCUCGAGUACAUCCCUCUUGGCAAAAAGAGAUGUCAAUCGGAGGAGGAGGCGGGGCACCAGGCCAAACGAGUUAAGCCAUCAGAAAGCUCGACAUCACAAAACUCGUCAUCAGAGAGCUCGGAUGGAUUCACGUACAUGGGUGACGCUGUGGUCGUUUACACCGAUGGCUGCUGCUCAAAAAACGGACAGAACGGCGCACGGGGGGGCAUCGGGGUGUACUGGGGAUGCAACAACCCGCUAAAUGUUGCAGAGAGGCUGCAGGGAAGGCAGACCAACCAGCGCGCAGAGAUACAAGCGGCCUGCAGAGCGCUGGAACAGGCCAAACAGAAUAACAUCAAGAAGCUCGUUUUAUACACCGACAGCAAGUUUACGAUAAACGGUGUGACCAGCUGGGUGAAGAACUGGAAGCUGAACGGCUGGAGGUUGAAAUCUGGAGGUCAGAUUACCAACAAAGACGACUUUGUGAAACUGGACAGGCUGAAUGGACAGGUGGAGGUGGUCUGGAUGCACAUACCAGGUCACGCCGGCUACAGAGGCAACGAGGAGGCCGACAGGCUGUCGAGAGAAGGAGCGGCGAAGCCUCUUCAACACGAGCACAAAGAAAAAGACGAGCACCUUUAAAGAAAUCUGCUGCAGGACUGUUUAAUGCUCUUUUUCUGGUUCUUUAGCUUUGAAACAAACCUUUGAGAGGUUUGUGUUUCUUGUCCGUGUCAGUUGUGACUGUACCGAAGCUUGAAGGUUGCAGAGAGUCUGCACGCUCAUCCUUUUUCUUUUUUUUGUGUUGAAUGUAAAUUUUGAUUUGUUUUGGGUCCGAAUAAAGAUUUUAAGUUUUA